GUGAAUUAUCGUCACAAUCUAGGUUAAAAAUCAGCCGUAUGGCUAUAAUUUAAAUUAUACGUGAUAAAAAAAAAUUAAUAAGGAAGAUGACUUUUCGUCAUCACUCGCGUAGUCGUAUGAAAAUUUAAAGUGCGACCAAGAUGAACUGCUGCAGUAGCACAUCCAAGUCACGUCCCAGUCUCGCCGAGCGUAUCAACAGUAUAGUCAACAAGUACGAGUAUCAGCGCAGAUGCACUCCAUCAGAGAAAUGUCCUGGACCUUUGCCUUCAUAUUCGCGAAAAUGUCCUUCAAUUCCCUGCAACUCAAGGCCAGUAUCAGCACCAAAAUCAUUUUGUGAACCAAGAUCACUUCCCGUUUGUCAUCAAUACAUUCCCUGUAAAAAGUCAAAGUCUUAUCGUCCAACUUCAUCACCAUCUUACGAGUUUAUUCCAACUCGGAAGUAUUAUUCACCAGCAACAAAUAUACCACCGUGCCCAGGACCUAAUUUAAAACGCUAUCUGUCGACAAAAAAUAUCUGCCCGUCAUUAAAGGGCCGGCUGAUGCUCUACAACAAUUGCUACGAGUCUGAAAUACCCCCAACUUAUCGACCCACAUCCUCAUCGCCAGGUGUUGUUCCCAGAUGCCCUCCGCCGGCACCGCCACCGCUACCGCGACCGCCAACGCUACCAACAACAACACCGAUAUUAACUUUUUGUCGGUGUAGCAAGGCCGGAUAUCCACGACAGUCGAGGUUGUUUCGCUGUGAGGACCGAGUGCCGUCUCUCAGGUGCGAUAUUACCUGUCCAACUAGACAACGACAUCAGCCACUAAAACACAAUAAACGUGUUUUGUCACCGACACUGCGUAUGUCAGGUCUAAAUGCGUCAUCAUACGAGCCGCCAUUCUCUUCACCUCAGCUCGAAAGGGAAUUCACAAGUAGGUUUGUCAAAGUCCCGGUAAAUUAUUGUACUGACUACGCUGGUACAUCAACAAUCUGCCCACAAAGAUAUGUUUGUUAAAAUUCCUAGUAAGUAAAUACACAUACACAUGGAUAUAUAUUUAUAUUUAUGUUUAUGUAUAUGUGAACGUUUAAAAAUUCUCAUGUCGGUUUUAAAACCGACACACAUGUACACACACAAGUGAUAUUAAAGAAGAUGUUUAACGAGUUGAGUAUCACACACAAGUUGGCAUAUUUUAAAAUCAACGGGAAUUUAUAUCCCGAGUUACGAGCUUUUAGAAUUGAACGCGAAUGAAGAGAGAAUGCAGAGAGCCAAGAGGAUGUUUGAUAAAAAAAAUAAAAAAUGUAUAAAAAAUGGAGUAAAGAUGCACGACGCGUUACAAGAACCGCUACCGAAUAUCCUCAGCACGCUCGUUUGGGAUUCUAUAAUGAAUGGACGACGGGUCGCCCGUUGAAAACACACGUAACGAUCGCGGUGGGGUCUACUGGAGCCAGCGGGUGUGCUUCAGCGUGAUGUUGUAGCUCUCGAGCCGAGAUCGGCUAAACACCCAGGCCACUCUUGUGUGUAUCUUGUCUCGGUGGUUGUUGUUGUUGUUGUUGUUGCUGUGUACUACUACUUAUACUUGUACUUAUACCCGUAGUUGUACUUGUGCCUGUGCUUGUACUUGUACUUAUUUGGGACUAUACCCGAGGAACCAAAUCUUAAAGCUGGAAGAAAGGAGAGAGCUGAGAGCACGGACGUGUAAUUACUCAGGAAUGAGUUAUCGUGUGGCGUAGCACCGCCACGAAAACGUCCACGGACUCGUAUACCUUAUUCUCGACUGAGUAUAAUAUAUGCUGGAGGACAACCUGCCGCGUCUUACCGUUCUGCGCUCAUCCUUGUUCUCGUCCUCAGCAUCAGCGUGUUCUUUUAAAGUUCUUGCUCAUUUUGGACACUUUCGGAGGCACAAAAUUUCCAGCGUGUGGUUACAUCGCCAGGAGAAAAAUAAUCAAGAGACUUUAAUGAUCCAUCGCAUUAAAUUACCGCCUGGACGUCGAUCAAUCGACCGCCAUCAUUAAACGACUCGUUAAUGUCGUGAUAUAAAAAGAUUUUAAAAUAUUACGAGUCAAGACAUGAAAAAUAAUAAUAAAUGUUGUCACGUAUGAUGCUGAUGCUGAUUUUUAAUUGAUCACUGAGAGCUGGGAGCUUUAAGAAGGAUAUUAGAAAACUCAAUAAUAUAUUCGUCUAUAUAUGUGUCUUAUUUAUUAUAACUUAAACAGUUAAGCUAAAUUGCUUUAGCAGAUUUCAUUAUCUCGUUUAUCACUUGUCAUGUUUUCUUCUCUAACACAGCGCAUUGCCUCGGAGCUGGUGCUGAUAGACGUGAACGAAAGUCUCGCGAGGGCAGAGGCUCAAGAUAUCAGCCACGCGGGCGCUUUCCUGGGCAACCCGAGUAUCUACGGGACCAAAGAUUACAGCGAGGCCAGGGAUGCCGCGGUCUGCGUCAUUGCCGCAGGUGCCAAGCAACGGCCCGAGCAGACCCAAGAAGAUAUGCUCCGGAAGAAUCUCGACAUAUUUAAAACCCUUGUUCCUAACGUCUGCAAGUUCGCGCCCAACAGCGUCCUCGUAAUUGUCUCCAGUCCAGUCGAUAUUUUAUCUUACGUAGCAAUGAAACUCUCCGGGUUCCCGCCUAAUCGCGUAAUUGGUCUCGGAACUUUCUUGGAUAGCUGUAGAUUUCGGUAUUUAAUCAGUCAAAAACUUGGUAUUGCUCCAAGUUCUGUCCAGGCGAUGAUUAUCGGAGAAAACGGAACCACAUCUGGUAUGCCAGUUUGGUCAGCAGUGUCUGUCAUGGGAAUGAAAUUGAAGGACAUAAACAAAGAGAUAGGCACAAAGUUCGACCCUGAGGGCUGGAAUAAACUUCAUAAUAAAGUCGUUAGCAGUACUGACGAUUUAAUAAGGAAAAAAGGUUACUGUAGUUGGGGAAUCGGGCUCUGUGUUGGUGAAAUUGUUGACGCGAUCAUUAGGAACACCUGCGUGUGCCUCACAGUUUCUACUUUCCUCAAGGGCUGCAAACAUGGACUCGAGAAAGAUAUUUUCAUGUCUCUGCCCUGCAUCAUCGGGAGAAAUGGCGUGCAGUCUUUAAUUCGCUAUCAGUAUACCGAAGAAGAACAAGAAUUGACGACAAAAUCUUGCAAGUCGAUAUACGAAUUACAAAAGACGAUUAUAGAUAAAUUGGAAUAAAUUAUUGAUAGUAAUUAUAACGAUGAUGAUGAUGAUGACGGUUAUUAUUAUUUAAAUAAAUAUGUAUGUAUGUGCACAUAUUAUACACUGGAGUGGUGUUUUAUUAGUAUGUGUUGAUAUAGUAUCGACAACAUAAUAUAAACAGCGAGGACGUAGUUUGAACCAGGGCGAUCGCGUGGACACGCAUGUAAAUUGCCUCGUGCUAUAAAUACGUAUAGUGAGAUGUAAGUUUUAAAAAAUCACAGAGUAUAUUGAGAGUAAUCCUGAUGAACGAGGCGGGACAGGUGGGCGAAUUUUUCUACAUCACAAUAUAUUGGCUCCUCGCAUCAGGAUCCCCAUUAUAAUCAUAAUGAUAAUCAUCAUCAUCAGCAUCUCGGACUUGGACUUGUUUCUCAAGGACUGGAUAAUCACUAAGUGGACACUCUCUCUCUCUAAUAAAGACAUGGAGUAUUGAGAAUUUAUAAACAUUGGUCUGAGAGUGUGUAACAAGUGCGUCGUCUGAUUGAUCAAUUAUAAUUUAAGUAAAAAUAUUUUAUGUUUCGUG